AUGACCCCCCUUCAUAUUUCGAAUGUGGCUUAUUGGUUAGAGGAAAAAAAGAAAACUACUAAAAUUGGUCUUCAAAAAUUACAAGAUAAAGUUCCGGUUGAAUUUCGGGACCGAAUCGACCAAAUACUAUCCGAAACUAAACUCAGUUCAGCGGAAUUGGAAUUAGUGAAUAAAUUUGGAGAGACAAUUUCGGGUUAUUUGAGCGAAAAGGGAGGUAAACAAUACCAUAUUGGUUGGGUUAAAGUUUGUCCGGAUUGUAGUGAGGGGGAAUUAAGAACUAGACUUAAUACAUUAGAAUCGUCAAACCCGGCUCUGGCAACAAGUUUACAAAAUAAAGUUCAAUUGCAACCAGAGACAAAAUUAAUUUUACAAGAAAUAGAACAAGAAAUAGGAGAUGACAGAUUAGGAGAAAUAUAUGAAGGAAUUGAAGAAGAAAUUUAUGGGAAAGGUAAAGACCCCGACCCCACUAUUCCUACCCCCACCGCUCCCACUGCCGCAGAAAUUACGGCUAGUAAAAAUAAAGCCAAUGCCGCUAUCAGUAGUGGCGAUAAAGCCCAAUUACAGGCCGCUAAAACUGAAUUAGAAAGUUUAAAAAGCCGCUUAGAAGCAGCGGGAGUGUCCGCCACUGAAAUUAGCACUCUAAUCCAAAGUGUAAAUACUAAAAUCCAAGAGUUAGAGGGAGAUACUGCCUACCGGCAAAGGGUAAUCAGCGAAAUCACCGCUAAACUAACCGCCAAUGGUAUUUCUGAAACUGAUUUAGAUGAUGCUAGCAAAACCAAACUAGCCGCUUUAAAAGCAGGCCAAACCAGCGGAGCAGAAAUAAACCAAGCCGCUGAUUUUAUUAAGCAAGCCGCUGAUACCGCAAUGGUAACUAAAAAAGUAACUGAAUUUACUGCCCAAUUAGUUGAAAAAAUUGAAAUAACUCCGGAAACUAUUCGGAGUUUUAUGGAAAAGUAUUGGUUUGUUUCUUUUACUUUUAGAGUCGGAGUAUAUUUUGAUAUCAUUAAUAUAGAAGCCAAAAAUACAAAAAAUCUAACUUCCUUUCAAUAUUACCCUACCGGUUUAACUACCGAAUAUUAUCCAAGAACUAAAAAAAAUACAAAGAAAGAAUUUUUUGGAAAAGAAAAUUAUAGCGAAUAUUCGGCUUUCUUGGAAAAAUUAUUUUUCUUUGCCACACAAGAAAAAAUAAAAAGGAUAAGGGGCGAAUGGAGAAAAGAAACUGAAACCAAAAGAAAAGAAGUUAAAAAAUUAGUCCAAGAAAAAUUUCAACAUUCUUCGCCUAUGCAAACUACCGACAUUGAAAAAAUAGUGCUUAAUAGCGGAGUCGGUCAAGCCAUUGGAGACAAGAAAUUUUUGGAAAAAACCCAAACUGCCUUAACCCGAAUCGCCCAAGGUCAAAAAUCGGUUUUAACUUAUGCUCGUAAAUCUAUUACUACUUUUAAAUUACGGGAAGGAAUGGAAAUUGGUUGCGUUUCAACUAAGAAAUUUGAUUGGGCUGGAAAUUACAGCCUUGGAAUAGAUAAUUUAAAUAUUUUUCCGACUGUCCCUUACGAUUUAACUUUCAAAAACCAAGGAAUGCAAAUUACCAUUGUUUUUAAAUCUGCUUUGACUAAGGAGAACAUUUACUUUUUAAGUUUAUUAGGUUUUCCUUUUAAAGAAAAAGAGAUAUUAAGUGAAUAA